UUCUCUCUCUAGCUGCUCACUCCUUCCUUUUUUCACAGAAAACUAUUUUCAUUCAACUCCAUAUUCCUGGAAUUUUCUUGGAACUAUUGUUGCAAUGGGUAAGAUCCGAUCCGGACAGGAUCCAAAAGCGGCAUUGGUCUCAGAGAUUUGUUCGCUGUCGAGAUCGCCGAUCGCUUGCAUUCACAUCAACGGCAACUCCGUUUCAUGUUUCAUCGACUGGUAUCUCAUUCUCGGUAUCCAGGAAGAUGCAGAGGUCAAGCUCAUACGUAAACGAUAUCACAAACUAGUUAUGAAGGUUCAUCCUGAUAAAAACAGCCACCCAAAAGCAGAUAUUGCUUUUAAGCUCAUCCACGAGGCUUAUUUAUGUCUUACAGACGAAACAAAGAGAAGAUGCUUCAACACAGACCGGCAAAAGAACAUAUGUCUGAAAUGCAGCCGUCUCCCACACAAAACCAAAGAGAAUCGCCCAGAUACUAAACCGAACCGGUUCUGCCAAACCCUCAGGAACAUUAGGGAUAAAUUUAGAGAAGAGAACAAGGUGAUAGAGAGAUGUCUAAAGACAAACAGUGCAAGAUUUAUGGGGAACCUAACUGAGGAAACCCCGGUUUUCGGUAUACCGAACCUAAACCGGUUUAGUAAGGAGUUACCGGUUUUUAAUCCGACGGAUUACAAAUUACGGGGUUAUCCACAUGUGAGAAAUCGAGUGUUGGACAACAACUUGUCGGAUUGGAAGAUGUUCAUGAGAAGCAGAUCCACAUGUGUUCACUCCUCAUGAUAGAUAAAUUUUUUUCCUUUCUUAUUAUUUAUAAUUCUUCUUUACUUUUAGGUCUAUUAAGCUAAGAAAGCACUACUGGCUUUAGUAAAUUUAUUGAAUUAUUUCAUUGCUCAAAGUUCAAACCGACAAAUAUUUUUUUUUUUUAAUAAGUUAACCGAUAAAUCUUCCUAUAACAGAUAAUCAUCAUAUGUAACUUAUCAGAAAAUGUUAUCGGAGGGGUAGUCUCUCACAAUUGGAGAUGAUCUCUUAGUCUCUUACAAUUAGAGAUGAUCUCUUAAUUAGUCUCUUACAAUUAGAGAUGAUCUUUUCACUAUGUAUUGGGUCGCCCGAUACUAUAUGAUCUUGAUUCAGUAUAGUCUCAUUAGGUUCAAUCUCUUACUGCCAUGAGACUGUUGCCACAUUUUGAUUACUUUUGGAUAUAUAUUUUUUUGGCAAUGUAACUAUCCUUGUUCUUAAAUCAUGUUUUGGUCGAUAAAAAAUAUUAUUCCGAUAAAUAAUCAUGUUAGAUUGUACUAUCAUUUAUCAGACAUCUCUGAUUUACAUUAGAAAAUAAAAUAUUUAUGGUUCUAGCCUUCUUUGCUAAGGGUAAGGGAUCAGCACAAACAUUGCAACUCCUGUUAAGCUUUAAUUCUCUAGAUAGUUAGGGAAGAGGCGAAAAUAAUCUUAUAUAAUAAAGUUGAGUUGUCUCUCUCCUUAAGCUAUCCACAUCAUCAACUACAUAGGGGCAAUUCAAGACACAUGUCAUACUAUAAUUCUCAGAUUUCGCUUCCUGUUAGCGUCUUGCAAAGUGGGUUUUCAUGUUUGCAGAGGCCCAAUAGGUAAUUUAGGUAUUGUGAUAGAUUCAGAAUAGGUCCAAAUGCCCCGUAACGCAACUCCUUCUACGUUCCAAUCCGACGAUUCAAAGUUCCCAGCCACCGCAACCUGUUCGUAACCGUCGACGUUAAACUUUGCAAUCACUACAAGCUUUCAACGACUUCUUAAUCAUUCUGCAUAUAAUAUAUAUAUGGACUAGAAGGCAUGAAUCCACGUAUCUCAUCGUUUCUCAGUUUUCUCCUCUCCAAAACUCUCCAAAGCUCUCUCUAAGGGCGAGUUUGACUAUGGCGAUUCUUCUGAUUCUGUCUGAUUUGAAGGCUGGUCUUGUCAGCAGGCUCCUUUGUUGUUGGGAAGGAAUAAGGUCGAGAGCUUAUUGGAAUUGGAAAGGUAAUUUUUGUCAACUGAAUAUUUUAGAUCUUAAAAUUAUUGGGAAAUGUUGUGUUGUUAAUGGUUCAAACAACUGAAGUUCAAUUUCGUUGCGGAAGUGGGUGUGGAUAAAAGCGAUUUCAAAGAAUUUCUCUACCGAGUAAGAGCUCCGCGGUGAAGUUGGUCGUGUCCAUUUUGGAUACACUUGUGUUGCUAAUUACACUUUCGCAUAUUUAGUGUUUUCAAUGGAUCAAUCCUAGAUUUUAGGAAUUGAUUUAUGGGGGAUGAUGAGUACUUUUAUAUAGAUCUCCCUUGGCUAUAAUUUGGAAGUGCUCUGAUUUUUGAGCAACGUUUUGGGUUUUUGAUUUUUAAAAUCGUAGAAUCCAGUAGUCAAGUUUGUAAAAGUGGUAAACGCGAAAGAAAAAGUUAUAGCAGAAACGAUGCAUCAACUCUCCCUGGAGAUCAAUGGCGUUAAUAAGAAGAAAUUUUAUAAAGCAAAAAUGUGGGUGAGCCAAUGUUGAACUUCAAGGAGUUGCAGGAGUUCAAGCCUGUCGGUGAUGAUGCCCCUACCACUACUACAAACUUGACUGAAAAUAAGGUAUGACAACAAACUACUGUAUAUAGAUUAAUAGAAAACUUUGAUCAUGAAAAUUUGUUCUUUUAGGACAGAUGAGCAUGAAUCUAGAUGGGGAACUUCCAUGAGAUGAUCCACUACAUUACUUUGCUGUUCAUGCUGUCAAGAGCAUCCAAAACAGAUCUAACUCUUUGCUACUUUAUGAACUUCAAUAGGGUGUGCAUGCAACCCUGAGGUAUGCCUACAUGAACAAAUUAACGAUUCUGAAUUGCAAGAAUGUAUGGUAGAUUUGGCUGUCCUGUACCUAACAUAUUUUUGCAGUCUUUUCCCGCUUCAGGUUUGAGUAAACUUUCUGAGUAGUUUCAUAUUUUGUUCCAACAGACCGAUUUGAGGUUUAUGGAGCUUCGUAGAUGACAUCAGGACUGUCGUGUAUACAUGCUUUGGAGAUGUGUGCUUUUUGAGCUGUGAAACAUGACUACUAUAUAGUGGAGUUAUACGGGCAUGAGAUAUCUUUCAAAUGGAAAACCUCAGAAAAUGGAAACGUACAUCAACACAUAUUUCAAUUCGCUAUCCUAAUGGAGUUUAUAGAAGGAUGAUCUUCUUCUUUUUUUUGAUCAAUAGAAUGAGGAUCUCUAAAGGUAUCUUCUUUCUUUGAAAUUUUAAGUCUAUAUAUAUAAGCCCCUCCAACUUUAUCGUAGCAAAAAGUGAUGAAUAUGAUUAGGAAAAUAUGAUUAGGUGAGAUCAACACGGGAACCAGGUGUUUGAUUUGAUCAAAAGGUAAACAGUGUGUUACAUCAGGUAAAGAAUAAGAUUACUGGGUUCGGUGGAGAUAGUUGGAAUUAUCCAAAUUUGUAACUUUCGGUGACGAACAGACAAGUGGUGACUAAGCUAAUGGUUUGUGUUUCCUUUACGUACUUGAAACAUCCAAUAUAACCUGUUGUUUCCAUCAUAUAGAUUAGUUAGCUAGCAAAGGACUCUAAACUGAUGCGUUUUGGAAUAUAUGAUGUUUUUGGUCGACAUAUAUUUCUGACUUUACAAAUCAAACACAAGAAACACACGUUAAUCGUCCGAAUCAGACCCACAAUGUCCAGGAAUAUUUUAAAAAUGGUUACUUAAUUAUCUACUAAAUUCAUAACAAUAUGAAUUCAAUCGGAUUUUCGUUUCCAUGUUCAAUCUCGAUUAGCAACACUUACAAACCACCAUCAAAAUGUGAAAGGCAUUGGGUUUUGGAAUUAGGAUUUAAAAUUUUAUAAAAUAAAAAAUAAAUAUUAAAAAUUAAAAAAAAAAUUAAAAAAAAAAUUUCGAAAAAAAAAAUU